UUGAGGAAGAUUCCAGGCCUCUCUCCUUACCUUGUAAAUGGCUAACUUCUCCCUGUGUCUUUUCACAUUGUCUAACCUCUAUGCCUUUCUCUGGGUCCAAAUUCCCCUAUUUAUAAGAACACCACUCAUUGGAUUAGGGGCCUGUUCACCUCCAUAUAUAAGAUAUACUUCAUCUUAACUGAUUACAUCUGCAACGACCCUAUUUUCAAAUAAGGUCACAGCCAGAACUGUGCUAUAAAAAGCACAUAAAAAUCCAAAUUAACAAAUCAUACUACAUUAUUCAAAGAGCAAUAAACAUUACACUUUAAAAAUUUAUUUAUAAAUUCAGUGGCAUUAGUACACUCACAACGUUAGCAACCAGUAUCCAUUUCCAAGGAAAAUACAUUUAAAAAAAUUUAGUUUUUAAUAGUAAAUCUAGGUAAAGAGCUGCUAGUUGUGAGUUAUUAUUGACUACGGUUGCUGUAUAUAAAACCAAACAGACACAGUCUAACAAAUGCCAGUGAAUUUACUGAGAAAACAAGAGAAUAUUUAAAAUGUGUUGAAACCCAACAGUGCAACACGUGGGCCAAUAGGAAAAAACAGACCUCAAAACUAAAUGCGACACAGAAGUAGCAUACUAAGAUGUCAGUGAAAGUCCUGCUACUUUGGGGAAAGCAGCAGCCUGUGAUGCUAGUAAGCAGUAAGGUAGCUUUGGUGCGCUCUAACUGAAACGAAGAUUCUCAACCUGGGGCUGGAAGAUUGCUUUUAUGGGCGUCUCAACAGAUCUUUGAUUUUAAACAAUUUUUACAUUUUCAUAUAAGAGGCACAAGACCGUGAAUACCGAGGUGACACCUAGGCUAGGCAGAAGGGGCGGGCCAACGCCAGGAAUCCGAUUUGUCUGCGCAGCUCUCCCGAAAGGCUGAGCCGGGGCCAGCCAGGCGGGCCCAGCCGGGAGUCCAGACCCGGAGGGAGGGGGGCGGAGCCAGGGGAGAUAACUCCCACCUCCGCCCCUUCGGGACCCCAGGGCGCCCUUGUUUACCUCCGGGUAAGGGGCACCCGAGACAAAGGGGGGGGAGGGAGGGACCUGCCGAGGGAAACUCUACCGGCGGAAAACGCCUCACUCAAAAAUCGUUUCGUAACACCUUAAAAGAGGGGGAACAGCCACCCUCCCGCGACCCCCGCGCCCGCCCCCAGGUUCCCCCCUACCUCCGGUCUCGGGUUCUACCCUAGCCUCAGCGAAAACGGGAGGAGCUAGGCAAUCGGCUCGCUCCUCAGCUUCUAUUUGUUAUUUUUUGGACCCUGCGGGGGUCACACGGCCCAGCGACUACAGCUCAGGAGACAACGCUGCAGGGCCUAAUUGGGGCUGAGGAGACAGGACCUGGUCAGUGGUCGGAGAAGGGGUAGGGCAGGCUGCUCCUGUUACCUUAGCGCCUGGAAACCUUGCCGCCGCCGUAGACCCCUUGAGGACAACCCUGUUUCCUGACUUAGUAUUUUUAAAUCUGGCGGGGCUUUCCCUUUCAGGCCAACCACUCCCCCCGUUUACCGCCCCAGCCAGUCAGAGUCAGGCCCGCCAUUUUUCAAACCCUUUUCCCGCCGCCAAUCAGGAUCGAGCAGUACAUUCCUCUCCUGACCGGUUCUAACGGGUCUGGGAGUUAACGACCUGGGCGACCCACCGAACCUGCUAGGCUGGGGCUGGAGGGACGGGCCUGGCGAGACAUUGACCAAUCGGAGGCCUCUGUGGCGUGGGGGCGGGGCCUGCGAGGGUUUGAAUAAUCACCAGAACCAAUCAGAGAGGCGGGGGUGUGGCCUGUGGCCCGGCUCGUCAAGUUACCGUGGCGCGGAGAACUCUGCAAAACAAGAGGCUGAGGAUUGCGUUAGCGAUAAACCAGUUCACGCCGGAGCCCUGGGAAGGAAGCGUCUCUGUUGGAUCCGGUCCUUCCGCGGGACUCUGAGGAAAAGCUACCACCAGGUAGACGCCGUCUGUCACCAUGGGCAAAGGAGACCCCAACAAGCCGCGGGGCAAGAUGUCCUCGUACGCCUUCUUCGUGCAGACCUGCCGGGAAGAGCACAAGAAGAAACACCCAGACUCUUCGGUCAAUUUCGCCGAAUUCUCCAAGAAAUGUUCCGAGAGAUGGAAGACCAUGUCUGCGAAGGAAAAGUCGAAAUUUGAAGAUAUGGCAAAAAGUGACAAAGCUCGCUAUGACAGGGAGAUGAAAAAUUAUGUUCCUCCCAAAGGUGACAAGAAAGGAAAGAAGAAAGACCCCAAUGCUCCUAAAAGGCCUCCGUCUGCAUUCUUCCUGUUUUGUUCUGAACAUCGCCCAAAGAUCAAAAGUGAACACCCUGGUUUAUCCAUUGGGGAUACUGCAAAAAAAUUGGGUGAAAUGUGGUCUGAACAGUCAGCCAAAGAUAAACAACCAUAUGAACAGAAGGCGGCUAAGCUAAAGGAGAAGUAUGAAAAGGAUAUUGCUGCAUAUCGCGCCAAGGGCAAAAGUGAAGCGGGAAAGAAGGGCCCUGGUAGGCCUACAGGUUCAAAGAAGAAGAAUGAACCAGAGGAUGAGGAGGAAGAGGAGGAGGAGGAGGAAGAUGAAGAUGAUGAGGAAGAGGAGGAAGAUGAAGAAUAAAUGGCUAUCCUGUAAUGAUAUGUGUGGAGUGUGCGUGUGUGCUCAGGCAAUUGUUUUGCUAAGAAUGUGAAUUCAAGUGCAGCUCAAUAUUAGCUUCAGUAUAAAAACUGUACAGAUUUUUGUAUAGCUGAUAAGAUUCUUUGUAGAGAAAAUACUUUUUUAAGAAUGCAGGUUGUAGCUUUUUGAGGGGCUACUACAUACAGUUAGAUUUUAAAGCUUCUGAUGUUGAAUGUUUCUAAAUAUUUAAUGGUUUUCUUAAUUUCUCGACUUGUGUAUUGUAGCACAGCAAACUUGUAGGAAUUAGUAUCAAUAGUAAAUUUGGGUUUUUUAGAAUUUUGCGUUUUGUUUUUUAAAAAAAAUUUUGUAAUAAAAUUAUGUAUAUUA